AAGCAUACCAUUGAGAGGCAGUCGCUCUCUAGUUACAUCUUAGAUCCUGAUUCAACAUUACGACAGGGACGAAACCUCCAUGACCUUGAUCAGGAAGAUGAAAUGCGUUUACUCCGAUGUGUCUUCCUUCAUAUUCGUUCAGGGCAAGUCAGUAUGGCUCAGGAAUUAUGUAUCAGAGCAGGUCACCACUGGAGAGCAGCAACUCUUGAGGGGUGGAAGCUUCAUCAUGAUCCUAAUCACACUGAUGCAUCACAACGAAAUCCAAUUUCUGGCAAUUCAUACAGAGAUGUUUGGAAAGCAGUUGCUUGGGGCAUAGCAAGUGACGAACGACUACCAGUUUAUGAACGAGCAGUAUAUGGUUCUCUGUGUGGUCAUCUACAGUCGGUAUUAGCAGUUUGUAAUGAAUGGCAAGAUGUUUUAUGGGCAUAUGCACGCACAAUGGUUGAUCAGUGGGCUGAAGAGCAGUUGAGGGCCACAAUAACCCACUUGAGAACGCUGCAUCCUUUACCCAAAGAUUAUCCAGAAGAAAAGUUGACUUUAGAAACAAUAUUUGAUGCUGUGGAACGAAGACCAGAGGAAUCAAACAACAGAGCCAGAACCCAUAUCACACACUUCAGAAAAUAACAUAGUCUUGGAUGAUAUUGAAGCAUUACUUAAAGAAGCUCAUCAGUGGUUGAGUGAUGGUAUUUCUCCUCAUCUCUUACGUUGCCUAACACACAUUGUACUGUUCCUCCGUCGCAUUGGACGCAUCUCUCAAACACAUGGAAUGUAC